GUUCCUGAAAACGCACUGGAGGUGUUGUUCUUCUCCAUUUCACCUUCAUCCCUCAUUCAAAAGUUCUGCUGCUCCGUAGAUCAUGGAGAGCUACCACAACAGCUCAGAUUUGGCAAAUGACACAUUUUCCUUCAUAUUCCACUGCGACUUGGAGGUGGACGACAAUUCCCGGCGGGUCGCUUUGUUCCUGCUUUAUCUGAUUCCGUUCAUGGGGGGUUUGGCUGCCAACACCGUGGUUGUGUGGGUGAACUGGAGACGGAGGCACUCACGCAGUGGUGUGCUCUUCUGUCUGCUCAAUGUCACCUUUUCUGACCUGAUGGUAGUGCUGGUGCUGCCAUUCUUCAUGCUGGAAGCGGUCUUGGACAAGGUGUGGUUGUGGGGCGCCUUCCUGUGCAAAUUCACACACUUUGUCUAUGCGUCCAAUUUCUACAGCAGCUCCUUCUUCCUGGCAUACAUGACGGUAGAGCGCUACAAGCUGAUAGCGUACCCCAAUUCGAGGACCUGGGGCCCAGCGGAGAAGUGGAGGCGGGGCCUGCUGAGUGCUGGGCUCUGGUUGUUGGCCAUUUUUCUUGCUCUUCUAGAGAAUGUACACGUGACUAUCCUGGAGUGGAACGAGGCUGGAUGCUUCGUAAUGCCUGAAAAGAGCUAUGAAGAGUGGUUUACCUCCAUUUCCUCACUCAGCUUUAUCUUCCAGUUUAUUUUCCCUGCCACAAUUAUCAUUAGCUGCAACAUUUAUAUUGCACAGGCGCUGGCGAAUGCUGCCCAGAGGCAGCGUGAUGUGCGACUGGUACACGUGUACUCCGUGGUGUUUGUGCUCUGCUGGCUGCCCUUCCAUCUAGUUCAGGUCUUCGCAAUCGUGGAUCUCCAGGACCCCUUCCUCUUCAGCUGCAACACCACAACUGUCAUCUUCGUCUCCUACAGCAUAGUUCAGUGCCUAACCCUCUUUCACUGUGUGGCCAACCCCAUACUGUACAAUUUCCUCGACCAGAGCUUCAGGCAACACCUUGCGCGUACCUUAGCGCUCUCACUUCGUCAGUAUGCAGGGGGUGCCCAGCCCAACCCAGUCAUGUCCCCUGAAGGAAUGGUGGAGGGCCCAGCAUCAGCCAAGAAGGAGCAAGAACUAAGCAACACCAGCACCAGCCACUCCACUGUUAACCCCUGAAGAGAACUUUUUCGCACGCCGUUCAGUUUGUAGGUGCCCUGCCUCCUUGCAUAAGACAUUGUGGCACAGCCACUAUGUGAGUGAUGGUUCACAGCAAUGUCUAUCCGUAAUGCUACUGUACAUCCUGUCUGUCCCAUUCCAUCUCUUGAUCAAGCAAAAAGAGGCUUCCAUUGAAACAGAAUCAUGCUCCGGAGGGCAGAGAUUUCGGUUUCCUCAACUACGAAUCCCUGUGGGAGCUCAAUAUGUUUCAUAAAGUAUUCAUAAUGUGUGGAAAAAGACAAGAAGACUAAAUAUUA